ACCCGAGCAUACAAACAACUUUGCGCGCCACCACAACACACCGUACCCCAGAUCGUCGCCAAACAGUGGAAGCAAUUUUGGCGUUGGCCAAUGGAACAUGGAGCCCGCAACCUAUGGUAUCGUACCAUACACAACUCGCUACCAACUGCCGAGCGUCUGUUCCGUCUGGGUCUGCAGGAUCUUACCAGUGCUACAUGCCGACUAUGCAAUGACGCUAUUGAUACUCCCGCACACUUCCUAGUGCUUUGUCGCCACCGCCAUUCCGUAUGGAACCUUAUCUGGGGACAACACUACUACACCGAACCGCAUACUGAUCGCCUUAUACAUUUUCUUCAAACGCUCUCGUGGCCUGACCACCAUCCUCCACCAACACACCAUUCGCACUACGCUCCCACUCUCAUAGCCUGCACUAUGGGAGGUAUUUGGUCGGCGUACUGGCAAUUCAUCUUUCACGAUACCCCGUACACUAUCGCAAGCGUCAAACGCAAUAUCAACAAAGCUUUAACU